AUGGACUCCAAGUGGUUCACGCGCGAUGUCGCGGAGCUGAGGACCUGGCGAAUCAUCGGCGCGUGCGCGUGGUCCACGCUCGCUAUUUUCGUCGCCGUACGUCGCGCUCGCGUCGAUUUGAUUUCGAUUUCGCCAACGUCCGCAUUUGAUUCUCGACGAAGGCGACGACUGACGGAGCGCCAUCGCGACGCGCGCGCACAGGCAUACGCAUACUUCACGUGUGUACACAUUCUUGGUGGUGACUUCCCGCACUGGUCGCGCGUGGCCGUGGCGUUGACGUACGCGGCGACGCAACUGCCAGCGAGCGCGGCGACGGCGAUGUGCGCGAGAGCGAGCACGGCUGAUUUCGUGCCGAACGGCGAAAGGGACGCGUGUGGAAUCGUGCGAGGGGAGAGAAUCGGUGAACGGUUCGCAACGGCGAUGAUGCGGGAUGGGAUGACGAUCGGGGCGUUGGGCGGCGCGUUUGCAUGCUCGGGGAGUUUGGCGUGCUCGCUCGCAGCGAGGACGACGCCGACGCGGGGCUUGGUGGGGAUGAUGACGGUGAACGCGUCCGACGCUACGUUCGCAGCGCAAUUUGGCUGUGUGUUGGGGGUGAUGACAGUGGUGAACUUUUGGUUCAACGAUGGUUUGGUGGUGAAGUUUUCAUCGGUGCAGCGACCGCGCGGGUUGCGGUUGAAACGCGCAUUUGCGCCGUGCGCUCUAAGUGGAUUGAAGCGUUCCCUUUAUGCGUGCGUGGUGCAUAUUUUGGUGGUAAUUGCGAGUCGAUUCCUCGUCCAGCUCAGCGCGAAAUCGUCUCGAGGUUUGUUCUUGGGGUCGAUGUCGUGUUGGGGCGCUGGGGCGCUCGCGAGCGCUUCGUGGGCGCUCGCAAUUUUCUGCGCCGAGAUCGUGCACACCGAGCGCUAUGAGUUCAGACCGCAAAGUUUGACGCAAGGUCCGAAAGUUGCGAGCGAACCUCUGAUGGCGGCUUUGCAUUAUUUCGAAGUUCCGUUCGUGCAGCACUUGGCGUUUGCAGACUUGUGCAACGUCGCCGAGAGCGGUGGACGCGGACGGCGCCAGCUCAUCUACGGCGAUACCCCCGAUGCGGCGUGGUCUGUGGUGAUAUCGAUCGCUCUCGCGCCGUUGGCAUCGAUUUCGCGUUCGGUGAACAAGGCGAUGGACCGCACUAUGUUGGCGGCGUUGCGAGACACGGAUGCGGAUGCGGCGCAAAGGAUUAGUGAAAAGUACGCGCAAAUGAAUACGCCAAAGCCCAAAUUUCGACACGAGAGCGCGCAGACGCAACAAGCGUGGAAUGCGUUGCGUCAAAGCGAGGUGCUCUCGACCGAUGUUGCGGCGCGUGAGUUGUGCACGGUGGUCAAGGCGUACGGGCAAUUGGCGAUUUGGGGCGCGCGCGCUUCGUCUUCGCUCGCCGUCGCCGCGAAAAAGGAAGAUGUUCGCGGAAACGCGCGUUCGAUCAAUCCGUCGCUCAGUGCGAUUGUGCGAACGUUACUUACGGCACAAUUAGCAUGUCGGACGAUCAUCGAGCAAGGUUCUCCUCCCGUGCGCGCCUCCAGUGGGUUCACCUCUAGCGAUUUGGCGUCGACGUCAAAGGCGAAUUCCAUCGUCGCGAAGCGAAACGAGAUCAUCAACAACGUCUUGUACGUUUUAGGAAUCACCGCCACCAAUAGAAAUGAUGCAAACGGUGCUGUGACGCCGGCUUUCACGCCCGCAGUGGAGACUGCGAAGAGAAUAUCGGACACCGUGGAGAUCGCUUUGGGCGCGCUCGUCGUCGAGUACGGCGACGACGUCAAAGUCAUGCUUCGCGAAUCCGAACAAUUCGGGCCGCCAGAGUUCGGCACACCGAACGAGCUGUUUGAUGCCUUAGAAACAAUCGCCACCGACUUGGCGUGA